AUGGUGUCCUUCUCAUCCAUCCUACUGGCGUGCUCCGCCGCACUCGGAGCACUAGCGACUCCCAUCGACUCACUGCCCGAGGAGUCCUUCAACGAAACUGCGGCCCACGACCUUGUCACCCGCUCCACGCCCAGCAGCACCGGCUACCACAAUGGCUACUACUACUCCUUCUGGACGGACGGCGGCGGCGACGUGAACUACGUCAACGGCAACGGCGGCUCCUACAGCGUGCAAUGGUCCAACGUCGGCAACUUCGUCGGCGGCAAGGGCUGGAACCCCGGAAGCUCCAGGGCCAUCAACUACGGCGGCAGCUUCAACCCCAGCGGAAACGGCUACCUCGCCGUCUACGGCUGGACCACCGACCCCCUGAUCGAAUACUACAUUGUCGAGUCCUACGGCACCUACAACCCCGGCAGCGGCGGCACCUACAGGGGCCAGGUCACCUCCGACGGCGCCACAUAUGACAUCUACACUUCUGUCCGGACCAACGCUCCGUCCAUCAUCGGCACGGCUACCUUUACGCAGUUCUGGUCUGUCAGGAAGUCGAAGCGUUCGGGUGGCACCGUGACUACGGGCAACCAUUUCAACGCCUGGGCGCAGUAUGGCUUGAAGUUGGGCACACAUAACUACCAGAUUGUCGCCACGGAGGGGUAUCAGAGCAGCGGGUCUUCUUCUAUCACUGUGUACUGA